GCCAUGGAGGAGCGUCGCCAGCGAGCCAUAACGAACCGCCAGCAAUUCGAGCCUCAGAUCCACGAGCAGAUUCAACGCCUCUUCCAGAACUAUGAAGCCCCAUUCUAUGCGCAGUUCCGUGGCUUCGGAAAGGCCCAGACGCUGGCGCUGGCAGAGUCAACCGUGGUCUCGCUGGCCGCCGUGAACAACCGGCCCUUUGAGGACUCGGAAACCCAAGCUCUCACGGAGCACUUCCUGUCUAGCGUGCACAACUUGCUUGCGUGGAAAUGGGCCAUGACGGGGUUUGCAGCGUACAUGACGUACCGAGGCCGCAGGAUAUGGCGGUUCCCCUUCUUCACUCCCGAGUUCAAGCGCUUCAGCCCCAUCGGAGGCAGCCCGGGCCUCAAGUUCAUGUGGCACAGCGCCCGCUUUGCCGCCUACUACGGAACUCUGUGGGUUCUCGGAGAGCCAGUCUUCCAGGGCGCAAACUUUAUGCGGCAGCGUUCAGAGAUGGAGCGCGAUCCAAGGCUGCGAUCGCUCUUGCAUGACGGAAAGUCUCAAGGCGCAACUUUGCUAGGAGGCAACCCAGACCACCGCGAGCAGAUCAACGAUACGUGGGAAUCAGCGGCGCAGCAGGAGAACGUGAGUCAAUAUAGAGAGCCUGAACAACAGAGCCAGAGCACUCCAGCACAGUCCUCUUGGACCUCGUAUCGCAAUCCCACUCCAUCACCACAGCCCCCGCAGCGAUCCGAUUCAUGGGACUCUCAUAUAUCAGAUGACUUUGACGAUGCUUCACCCGUCGCUCCCUCAUCGAGAAAUAGCUCAGACACUUCAAACAUCAGCAGCGGAUCAGCAUGGGACCGGAUCCGCCAGCAAGCGCAAUACCAGCCAUCCGCCCAGCAAGACCGAAAGACGUGGGAAAAGCCCCAAUCCGGAGGCGGCUGGGGCUCAGAGGCCGACUCAAGCGCCCAAGUCUCCCGGGACAGCUAUUCUUUUUCCAAGGCUGACGAGGAAAGGGGCCAGGCCAGGGAGCAGGCGCAGCGGGAGUUUGACCGUCUUCUGGAGAGGGAGCGUGGCGGCGCAGAUCAGGAG